AUGCAAAGGCCAGCAGAGUUUACAAAUAGGGAAGCAGGAGGAGGAGAUGAAGGUUGCUGUGAGAGCGGCGAUAAAUCCAUAUUGCAUAAAUUUUCGCCUCGACAACAAUCAACAUCCGGUAGUACCCAAAGCAAAAUGUCGACAACACCCCACCUCGGGGGUAAUCUCCAUCAAAUUCAUCCAUACCUAACACAAACAUCCGACAAUUCGUCGUUCAUACCUUCGUCGCCACAAAAGGGAGGAGGCGUAGCGGCGACACUAAACACCAUCAACCAAACGAACGGUCUCACACGUGAACAAAUUGAAGGUGCGGCGGCAGUGCUGGCACAACUUGCUACAACUCCAUCGAAAGAUACUUCAUAUCUAAACGUUUUUCAAAGUCCCGGUAAUGCUACCAAAUAUCUCGAGGAAAAACCGCAGCUAUCACAAUUACCAUCACAAUAUCAUCAGCAACAGCAGCAAAUUCCACCCUCUAAAAAACAUUUAAAAAGGAGUGUCUCCUUUAAUCAUUCUAGCAGACCCACAUCACCACGUCAACAAACUACGUCAGCCAGUUCGUACAUUGAUGUGGCUGAAGUGUUGGCUACCACAGUGUCACUUGUUCGAGAAAAUAAUAGAAAACUCGAUAAGAUAACUGAUGAGGUUAGAAGCGAAAGCAACCCCAGUAACAGUGACGGUAUAGGUGAUGGCAAUUUCAGCGAUAAUGAAGAUGUUGAUUACUGGAGUGAGGAAGGUCCCGAAGAUGAUUACGAAGACUAUGCGGGAAACGCUGCACCGUAUAACAGGAAUAUCGCAAAUGAAAUAUUAACACUUAGUAACCAGAUGGAGAACAUGGAAUAUAAAUAUAGAGAACAAUUAGUGGGCAAAGAAAAAUUGAUAAAGGAGUUGGAAAUCGCAUUCAGAGAGAGUGACAAAGACAGUCGACUAAAAGCCGCAGAAAUUAAGCGUCUCGAACAGCAAUUGGAUGCUUCACGACGAGCAAUCACUGAACUGGUGGAGCAACAACAACGUGAGAGUGAAUCGAUGCAGAAUCAAGGUCCAGAUGCUCAGACCACCGAGACAAUUCGUCAAAUGGAAGCCGAGCUCCGUGCAAAGAGCAAGACAAUCGCAGAGCUAAAUAAGCGGAUCACAGUCACCGCACGACAAGUUAGCGACUCGAAGGAAAAAGAAAAGAAAUUGGAGGCACUUACGAAUCAAGUAUCACGAUAUCAGACAUUAGAAUCUGAAUGGAAAGGACUUACAUCACAGUUGGAGACACUUCAUCAACGAGAGGUUGAACUUCACGAAAAAGAAGCUUUAAUUGAAUCUUUAAAUAUACGAUUAGAUACCUCUCAACAAGUAAUUGCAGAAUUGAGAGAGAAACAUGCACCACAUGAUCUACUUAGACAAUUGAGACAAAAGGACUAUAUAAUCGAUAAUUUGACCCAACAGGUCGAAAAUAUCGACGCAGACCUAAAAGAGAAAGAUGACGAGAUUGAAGCGCUUGCCUCGAAGUUAGCCGAGCAGGCAAAACUAAUGGAAAAAUUACGAGAGCAAAAUUCGCAAUUAAUUCCACUAAGAGCACGUGCAGAGGAAACUGAACAAAGAUUAAGACAACAAUUGAUCGAAAAAGAACGAGAGUGUCAUGAAUCGUCACGUUUGGUAGAGAAUAGUGGUGAAAAGCUUCGUGCACAAGACAAGACAAUAAAUACACUUCGACAAGAUGUUGUAGAACUUCGACGUGAACUAACCACUCAAUCGUCAGAAAAUCGUGAAAAGGAACGCUUAAUUGUCAAUAUGCAUGAAGAAACUCUUCAUGUUCGUACAAAUUUCCAAGGUCUGUUAAAUGUCUUGUCCGAAAAAGAUCAAAAAAUCCAACAGCUCGAUCAGCACAUUGAAAGUCUUCAACAACAGGCAGCUGCUGCAGCAGCCAAGAAUCAGAUUGCUGUCGGAGGCGUCAAAGAUUCAAAGAACAAUAAGAAUGAAGUACGAUUAAAUGCUCUUCAAAAGGUACUAAACACUAAAAUCGAGGCAUGCCGAGAUUACGAAAAGAAAAUUUCGCAGCUCGAAGAGGAUUUUGGCAAUCUAAAGAAGCAAAUGGACGAUAACAAGACCUCUGUGUCGGAAAAAGAUAUCAAAAUUCAACGAUUAGUCAAAAUGAAUCGUGAAUUAAAGGAAGAAGUAACGCAAAUCAAAGAGAAAAUGGAGGAGAAAGAAAAAGAAUUGAUCACGAUAAAGUCUCGUAUUCCAACUCCAGCUCCAGGAAGUGCACCCGCAGCCUCUAUCAGAGCAACUUCUAAUUAUGUCCGGUCGAGAGUCUCGUCCAUGUAUAGUCUGAGUGGAGGUGAAAGUAGCGGUGAUGAAGCAAAAAUUGGUGGCCGUCUUCGUAAAGCUGUGAGUCUUAGUGGAUUGGAAAGUCCAUUAAGAGCACGUAGUAUUACAAAUUCAAGCAUCACCUCAAGAAGAUUGUCAGAUGCCUCGAAAAGAUCUUCAAUCAGUUCAAGAUUAUCAACGUCAUCAACAGCAUUGGUAUCUAGUAGGACAAAAGCCUCUACGUCUACUAGUGAUAGAGAAAGCGCAUUCAAAAAGACGGCAGCAUCAACUAAACUUGCUGUCAAGCCUCAAGCCAAGCCUCGAGUGCCUCCAAUUAAGCCAACAAGUACAGUUGACGUAUUGAAAAAAGUCCCCAAAAAAGAAGUUAGCCCAAUCAAUCGUUCCGCAGUGACUCAGCGUAAACGUGAUAUGGUUGUAUUGACAAAUAUGUUAAGUGGAGUGACAUCUGAUCGCAAGAAUCGAGUUCCGACACCAGCACAAAAACGUGCUACAUCCGCAGCAAUCGCAUCUUCGUCUUCAUCAUUGACAAAUAGCAAAAAAAAGUUGACUGAUAAUGCCGCGUCCAGUGAUAGUGAUAGCGAACGUGUCAAGAGAACUGUCGCGUCAAGAGCCAGCACUUUAAAAAAGCCCAAUAGCAAUUUGGCAACCAUCGUUGAGAGAAUUCGCAAAGGUGACGACACUUCUGUGACGCUCACAACUACUACUCAAGGCAGCAGCAGUAAUAACUCCAAUGCUGCAGGUAAGCAGAGAACUUCAUUGGUUCGUCCUUUACCAUCGAGAAAACCGUCAUCGAGCGCGUAG